AUGGCUUAUAAAAGGACCUUGCUGGAAUGCCAUCCGACACUGUUCUGUUCUGUUGUACGAAUUGAGUAUAAAAUCAGCACGAACAUGAAACCCAAUCUUAUUUGGCUGGCAGCCAGCGCCAUCGGCAUUGCUGCUGCAACGCCCCUACCACGACAGAAUGCCGAAGCGACGCGUUUCUUCACAUUCGGAAACUCCUACACAGACACCACCUUCUCUCCAAACAACACCGCCCCAUCCGCCUCCAACCCCAUGGGAAACCCAUCCCUAGGAACCGGCACAACAUCCGGCGGCACAAACUGGGUCGGCUACCUAACAACAACCCAAAACGCCUCUCUGGUCCUCUCCUACAACCUCGCCGUCGGCGGCGCAACGAUCGAUAAUACACUCGUAUCGGGUAAUCCGAAGGAUCUCGUCUCGCAAGUUGAAAUGUUUCAGUCAACGUAUGCUGAUAAAGGGGCUGUGCCAUGGACGGGCGAUAAUGCGGUUUUCGGGGUUUGGAUUGGGAUUAAUGAGUGCGUUCUCUCCUCUUCUGUUCUGGUUUUAAUGGGAAGGCUUGUUGACGUGGUAAGCAGUAUCGGAAACGCAUACUCGAACACGGAUGCCGAGACGUUUACGCCGAGAUUGAUUGCACGGUAUAGAUCGCUGGUCGAGAAGAUCUACCGUGACGGCGGACGCAAGUUCCUCUUCCUCAAUGUUCCUGCUGUUAGUCGUACGCCUGAGAUUUUGAGUCAGGGAGAUGAGACUGCGAAGUCUCAUGCAAAAUAUCUCGCUGUGUUUAACCAGAACGUUGAGUCGAUGGUGAAGAACUUCACGAGCAGCCAUGAAGAUACAACCACUGUGCUUUAUGAUUCAUGGUCAUUCAUGACUAGAGUACUGGACAGCCCUCAGGAAUAUGGCUUUCCGAAUGCUACUUGCAUUGAUGAUGAUGGGCAUAGUUGUGUUUGGUGGAAUAGUUACCAUCCGACGUCGAAGUAUCAUCGGCUCCAGGCGGAGGAUAUGAAGGCGCAUUUGAAGCCUCUUGGGGCGUGGUAG